UCAGAGGAUGGAAAUAGUCUGGGAGGUGCUUUUUCUUCUUCAAGCCAAUUUCAUCGUCUGCAUAUCAGCUCAACAAAAUUCACCAAAAAUCCAUGAAGGCUGGUGGGCAUACAAGGAGGUGGUCCAGGGAAGCUUUGUCCCAGUUCCUUCUUUCUGGGGACUGGUGAACUCAGCUUGGAAUCUUUGCUCUGUGGGGAAACGGCAGUCGCCAGUUAACAUAGAGACUAGUCACAUGAUCUUCGACCCCUUUCUGACGCCCCUUCGCAUCAACACUGGGGGCAGGAAGGUCAGUGGGACCAUGUACAACACUGGAAGACAUGUGUCCCUGCGCCUGGACAAGGAGCACUUGGUCAACGUAUCAGGAGGGCCUAUGACAUACAGCCACCGGCUGGAGGAGAUCCGGCUACAUUUUGGGAGUGAGGAUAGCCAAGGGUCAGAGCACCUCCUCAAUGGACAAGCCUUCUCUGGGGAGGUGCAGCUCAUCCACUAUAACCAUGAGUUAUAUACCAAUGUCACAGAAGCUGCAAAGAGCCCAAAUGGAUUGGUGGUAGUUUCUAUAUUUAUAAAAGUUUCUGAUUCACCAAACCCAUUUCUUAAUCGAAUGCUCAACAGAGAUACUAUCACAAGAAUAACAUAUAAAAAUGAUGCAUAUUUACUACAGGGACUUAAUAUAGAGGAACUAUAUCCGGAGACCUCUAGUUUCAUUACUUAUGAUGGGUCAAUGACUAUUCCACCCUGCUAUGAGACAGCAAGCUGGAUAAUAAUGAACAAACCUGUGUAUAUAACCAGGAUGCAGAUGCAUUCCUUACGCCUGCUCAGCCAGAAUCAGCCAUCUCAGAUCUUUCUGAGCAUGAGUGACAACUUCAGGCCUGUCCAGCCACUCAACAACCGCUGCAUCCGCACCAACAUCAACUUCAGUUUACAGGGAAAAGACUGUCCAAACAACCGGGCCCAGAAGCUUCAGUAUAGAGUAAAUGAAUGGCUCCUCAAGUAGGGAACUAAGCCAAGAAGAAUCCCACCUCAGUGAAAUGCUACAACUGUGAAUUGACGUAACCUAAAAUGUUCCCCUUCUUUCUUCUCUCUCCUUCCCUCCCUCAAGCCUCAUUCACUUUUUGGAUUGGCCCUUUCUUCAUGAAAAGUGUCUGCAAAACCUUGGCAGAGGAAUACAUCUCUUAUGCAUACUCACAAACACACACAAAAGCACUCACACAUACAUACACACACAUGCAAAUAUAUCUACACACAUACACACUCACACAGCCUCCACAAUGGGAAGCCAAGUUUCAGAAACAAAAGGCUCACUCAUAAGAGGUCUUAGAAGAAAAUAACCAAUUAACCUGAUUACAAUUUUGAUACUUUUUUCCGAAAGAA